AUAGAUGGCAGCAAACGGUUUAGAGGUUAUGAGACCCCAGUCAUAGAUAAAUGAAAUACUCUUAAGUCUCGUGGUUUGUUUUCCUUAGGAUUUUUCAUUCGGACAACAAAAUGAUUUCAAUAAAACAAUUAAUUUCGAAGUAUCAGAAUACGUAAUAAAUAUGUAACUAUUACUGGUUGUUUAAGGUAAACUAUAUGUACUGAUUUUGGUUACAUACAAGAAUUUGGUGACGCAUUGAAAGAAUCAGAGAAUUUCUUAAAUAUUAACAAAUCAUUAUCUUCAAAGGAAAAUAUGAGGUUAUCGGUCUUUUGUGAAAAUGACAGAGUAUUGCUAGUAGGAGAGGGCAACUUUUCAUUUGCUGUAGCAUUGCUAAAUCAGGGCAUAAAGAUUAAGAUGACAGCAACGUGUUAUGAAUCUGUGGUAGCCAGUGAAAUCAGAAUGAAAAACAUAGAAUACCUUAAAAAAAAUGAUGUCGACGUCUUAUUAGGUGUUGAUGCCACGAAACUAACUGAAAGGUCGGAGUUAAAUUUAAAACGCUUUGACAAGAUCAUUUUUAAUUUUCCUCAUGUUGGUGGCAAAAUGAAAAUAGAUAAAAAUAGAGAUCUUCUGAAACGAUUCUUCUUAAAUUGCGGGGAAUGCUUGGAGCCCUCUGGACAAGUCUUAGUGACACUGUGUAAAGGACAGGGUGGUACGGCUGCGGAUAACCCUCAAAGACGUUGGGAUGAUUCCUGGCAAAUUGUAGAAAUGGCAGCACAUGGAAAUUUCAUUUUGAAAACUGUGGAACCCUUCCAAUUAACGUUAUUUCCAAAUUAUUCUAACACUGGCUACCGCAGUAUGGAGAAAAGAUUCAACAUCGAAAACUCUCUAACGCACUUUUUCAUAAAGAGUAGAUUGCCAGACGUUUGGAGUAUCAAACCGGCAAAUCAAUUAGCGUUACAAGAAUUUAAACAGGGCAUUACAUGGAAGCAAAUAAUUGACAUUGCCAAUAGCACAGAGUUUUCUAUUAAUGAAUUUCAUGAUUCCCCAAUAUUUAAAUUCGAUAUAACCUUUGCCAUCACAGCUGACUUUUCUCAAUAUAAAUUGUUUGAAACUUUAUAUAAUUCUGCAGGGCAGAUAAUACAUGAUGUUACAUUUGUUAGGUCUUAUACAUUUCCUCGUUCUGGUAAACAGACAAAGACUUACAGGAUCAGUUAUACAUCUUACCGUUUACCACUGUACAGGAAACGAGUAAUCGAUAUUCAUCAAAAUAUCAUUGCGAAAAUUUUAGAAGAUCAAUUAAAUGUCAUUAUAACUUGAAAAAUUUUACUAUGUAUCCCCUCCGACGUUUGACUGUCCUUUGUAGGAUUCAAAAUUUACAUGUACUGCAGAAACAAAAAACCACUGCAUACCUUGCUAUUAAAACUCUAAGUCUGAAUUGUAUGGUUAGUAAAAAUUUAAGUAGAGCUCUCAGCAGCACAGCAAGUGAAGAAAGUGAAGUUCCACUACCGUUAAGGAAAACAAAACCAAAGUCAACGAGAAAUACAGACAUACGAUUCACCGACAUGCGAACUGUACGAACAAUAGCAGGAAAGGGAGGCGAUGGAAUGAUUUCAUUCCUGCAGCUAUUCAUUAAUGACCGUGCAGGCCCAGACGGUGGAGAUGGAGGCAACGGUGGACAUGUCAUCUUCGAAGUAUCACAGGACAUAAAAGACCUCAGUCAUGUAAAACCAGUAGAAGCAGCAGAGUCUGGAGAAAAAGGAAGCAACAAGGAUUGCUGUGGUAGAAAUGCUGAUCAUACUGUAAUCAAGGUUCCAGUUGGUACCAUAGUGCGUCAAGUGAAUGGGACAAUCGUUGCUGAUUUGAACGCAGAAGGCAUGAUGUUCAUCGCAGCACGAGGAGGUGCAGGUGGUCGCGGAAAUGCUUUUUUCAAGUCUGAUACACAGCAAUCUCCUCAUAUCUGCGAGUAUGGUGCUUUAGGCGAGAAAUUUCAGUAUGUCUUGGAACUACGAAGCAUGGCUCAUGUUGGACUGAUUGGUCUGCCUAAUGCAGGGAAAAGUACAUUGCUACGAGCAAUAUCUAGAGCCAAACCUAAGGUCGCUUCAUAUCCAUUCACUACUCUGCGACCUUACAUUGGAAUGAUAGAGUACGAUGACUAUGAACAAAUAGCAGUGGCAGAUCUCCCAGGUCUGGUUGAGGAUGCUCACAAGAAUCAUGGUCUUGGAAUUCAAUUUCUCAAGCAUGCUGAACGCUGCGCAGCUUUGCUAUUUAUUCUCGAUAUUUCUUUAGACGAGCCGUGGCGGGAUUUGGAAACUUUAAGAUACGAAAUCAGCCAGUUCAGUCAAAAUUUAAUCGAACGCCCGGGAAUUAUUAUUGCUAAUAAGAUAGAUCUACCAGACACCGAGGAGAACCUUCGAAUAUUAAAGGAGAAAGUAAGCCUUCCAGUCAUCCCAAUUUCUGCUAAAAAGGGAAAUAACGUGUCGAUUUUGCUGAGGGAAGUAAGGAUAUUGUAUGAUAAACAGUUAAACAAUAGCAAGGCGGAUUUAGAAAAGUCUUUAUAAUUUCAUAACCUAGCUUUAAGUGAUAUUAAAAUAUCCUUGAAACGCA